AUGUCUUCUCCAAGUUUUACCUCUUCUAUCUAUGUGUUUCUCUUGGCUCUCCUGUUCCAAAUUGCCAUGGGAGUUGAUCCCCUCUUCCAUUUCUGUUCAACCUCUGAGAAUUUCACAGCAAAAAGCUCUUACGAAACAAACCUAAACAAACUCAUUGGUGAUCUCUACUUCAAAACUCCUCUGACCGGGUUCGGUCUCGACUCCGUUGGACAGUACCAUGACCAGGUCUACGGGAUCUCUCUAUGUCGAGGCGACGUUUCAAGCACAGAAUGCAAGGCCUGUGUUGCUGAGGCGGGCAGCGAAACCCGAAAACGCUGCCCCGACAACAAAAGUGCAAUCAUUUGGUACGAUAAUUGUCUCCUUAAAUACUCAAACAAUGACUUCUUCGGAAAAAUUGAUGAGCAAAACAGGUUUUACAUGUGGAACUUGAGGAAUGUAAGUGACCCUGAGUCAUUUAACCUAAAAACUCGGGAGUUAUUGAGCCAAUUAUCAAAAAAUGCUUAUGGUAACCAGAAAAUGUACGCCGCCGGAGAGUCGAAGCUCGCAGAUUCAGAGAAGCUCUAUGGAUUGGUUCAGUGUACCAGAGAUCUUUCUAGUGGUAAUUGUAAGAAGUGCCUUGAUGAUGCCAUAAGUGAACUUCCAAGCUGUUGUGAUGGAAAAGAAGGAGGGAGAGUUGUAGGUGGGAGUUGUUAUAUAAGAUAUGAAAUUUAUCCAUUCGUCAAAGCUUAG